AGCAAUGGUGAAGUUGGCAGCACUGACGUAAUCUGUAAGAUGGCUUCCUCGUUCGAGUCGACGUUUGUCUGCUUGUUGAUGGUGACAUUAUUUUUAAACUUCUCCGAAUGUUAUUUUGUAACUGUGGGAGCGCACACGGAAGAAUGCUUCUUCGAAAGAGUAAAAGCAGAUACGAAAAUGGGAUUAAUAUUCGAAGUUGCGGAAGGAGGUUUUCUAGACAUUGACGUUAAAAUAACAGGGCCAGACGAAAAAGUAAUAUACAAAGGAGAAAGAGAAUCAAAUNAAAUNCCACCAAAAGCUACUCAGGAUAAAGAAUCGGAAGCAACUCAUAAUAAGCUGGAAGAAAUGAUCAAAGAGUUAUCUACUUCCUUAACAUCUGUAAAGCACGAACAGGAAUAUAUGGCAGUUAGAGAUAGGAUUCACAGAGAAAUAAAUGAAAGUACCAAUUCAAGAGUAGUGUUAUGGGCUUUGUUUGAAGCUGGUGUUCUAGUUUGCUUGACUCUUGGCCAAGUUUAUUAUUUAAAACGAUUUUUUGAAGUGAGAAGAGUUGUAUAAAUAUCUAUGCCAAUAUUUGAAUGUGAUCUGUUUUAAAUUAUGGUAUGUAUUUCAUCAUUCAGAAGCCAUAAUAAAUUACAUUUUUUUUACAUAA